GGUUUCUACUAAACCAUGACAUUUAAAAUGUCAAGAAACCAUAACAAUGUCGCAAGAAACCGUAUAUUUUUAACUUUUUAUCAACAUGUGGUCACAAUAUGAUGAAAAUAUCGAAGAAAAUGUAUUUUUUAAGGAAGUAUCUGCAAAUCACGGUGACAUAAUCGAAAAAUCAUGCGAAGAGAACUGGAUUAUUACCGUACCGAGAGAAGGGUGUUUCGAAAGUAAUGAAAACAUAAGUUUUGAGGUGAUUCUGGACCACAUUUUAAUACCUACGGAAGAAAACGAGUACACUACGUUGAGUAAGAAGAAUGUUAGUGUUGAAAAUAAGAAGAUAAUCAUAGAAAAUUGCCAUUCCUUCGACAUUCUAUUUGAAGAGACGUUUUAUCAACAAGAAAGCCUAAAAUAUGUUGUUUGGUGUAUAGAUAGACCUCUAUUCGUAGAAUAUACAUGUAAAGUAUAUCAGAAAGUUUACUUGGAGAAUAUACACGACUGCAUAGACUUUUUAUGGGUAGAAUCGUUGUCACAUUUAAUACUCGACCAGAUUCGUAAGUUAAGUGUUGAUUUUACAAAUCAAUACAAAGAUUUUGAAGUGGAGGAUUUACAAACACAAAAAGACUUAAUUGGAAGACUCUAUUCACAGUGCCUGCAAGCAGCAUUCAAGAAUACUCACUUGAAAGAGAAGUCAUCUAAAAGUGAUCAAUUUUUUGAAAAUUUAAAAAUAUCAGUGGAAACUUACAUGCACUACUGUUUAGGGAGUAAAUUGGUGAGUGCUGUCAAUACUUUUAUGUGUACACACGACGGGUGGUUUAACCAUAUAACGCGAAAUGCGAAAUUUUUGCUAGCUAAAGAUUUGGGUAUUUCUGAUGAUUUUGAUGACAUUUUAACGCUCGCGAAAUGUGAGUUGAACAAAAUAAACAGUUAUUUAUCGAUUUUGGAUAAAAUUAACUGCUUACAGAGGACUUUCAAGUGUUUUGAGGAUGGUAAAAGUAAAACAUGUAUUACUUCGGAUGAAAUUUUAAAGUUUUUGGUUUUUAUUAUGUUAAAACUAAAUGUGAACAAUUGGAACAGCAACUUGGUGUUCAUCAAGGAAUAUAGGUUUAGUUCUAUAAGUUACAACAACGAUUUUGUUAUAACAUCUUUUGAAGCAGCUGUGGAGUUCAUAAAAAGUAACAACUUUUUGGACAUUAAAAACAACGCGUUAAUGAAUGACUCUAAAAACGAUAUUUUUGAUUAUGUACGACUGGGGAUGCUAAGGGAAGUCAAAGAGUUGCUGAAACAAGAAAAAACACUACCAGAACAAAAGUUGUGCCACCCUUUAUGCAGUUGCAACAACUGUAAAGAUAUUACCAACACUAAAAAAACAAAUAUUGAUGUUCACAUGGUGAAUGAAAAAGGUCAGAAUCUGCUUACUUAUGCUGCUAUAUAUAACCAAUGCGAAUUAUUGGAAUAUUUUUUACACACCAAGUGUAAUGUAAACUCUACUGACUACCUAAAUAGAACUGCUUUACAUUAUGCAGCUUCAUAUGGUUAUCAGGACAUUCUACUACUACUUAUAAACUUUGGGGCCGAUAUAAAUGCCCUUGAUUGCGAUAAAAACACACCCCUACACUUGGCCUGCGAUUUUGGGCACGAAACGUGCGUUAAAGCCUUGGUUUAUUCCUCAAUAAACGUAAAAUACGACUUGGCGAAUUUUUUCGGUGACACUCCCUUACAUCUAGCCACUAAAUGGAGUUACAUUGACAUUGUACGCUUUCUGGUGGAGAAUGGGGGUUAUACCAACGUAAAAAAUCGAAGAAACAAAACCCCUGUUGAGGUGUCGAGCAACUAUUGCACACGAAUGUUGCUGGAAAAUGCACCGGAAAUUUUGUGCAAUAAUAACUAUGAAAUAUGGGAAAAUUUGGAGAUUAUGGAAAAUAAUGAUGUCGCCAAUAUAGACUCUUUGGAUUUUGGGGUUAAACCGCGAACGAUAGAAAACUUCAAAAAAAUCGAUUUAUUACUAAAAGCGAUUGAAAACAAUGAUUCUCCGUUGACAAGAUUUUACUUAGGUUUCAACAAUGAUACCAUACAAGAAACAACGAAAAAACAAUGCCACCCACUGUGCGCAUGCGCGGUGUGCAUCACAGACUCCACUACCAACCCCACAUCACCAAAAACCCCAAACAUUUUAAGCGUAAACACCUGCAACCCUUUCGGUUACACCCCCCUACAUUUUGCAGCUAAAUAUGGUCGAUUGGAAAUUGUUAGACUACUAUUGGACUCUUCAGCUUCAAUAAAUGUAAAAACCUACUCGACUUUGUACACUCCGCUGCAUCUAGCGUGCUUGAACAAACGCACGAGUGUGGUAAAAGAAUUGCUGCAGUGCGGUAAUUGUAAAGUGGACGAGAAAGAUAGCAAAGGCAAUACACCUCUAUUUUACGCCUCUACGAAUUGUUGCAAUAAAAUAGUGGAGAUGUUACUAAGUAACGGAGCGGAUUGUAAUAAGAAAAAUAACGGGGGUAAGACUAUUGUGCAAGAUUGCGAGGAAAGAAUGCUUUACGGAAUUCUAAAUAUGUUUCACGAAAAUUUAAAGGAAGCCGAUGAAAAGAGUACCUGGGAUAUUUUUUAAUACUAGUCAAAAUUGUGUAUAUGUACAUAUUUUUAUACAAAUAAAUUAUGUAUUUUA